AUGGUUUUUGGAUAUCAAGAGAUUAAUAAAAAAACCAGGGUAUUUGAUUGAGUUUAUGAAUCUCAACAAAGAGUUGUUUGAUUUGUGGUUUGUAGACAUUAAACCAUGGGACAAGGAAGUUCAGGAACGAAGCAGAUUAGUAUGGCUUCGUAUAUCUGGGAUUCCAUUGAAGGCAUGGAUUGACAGAUGCUUUAAAAUGAUCGGAGAAUCAAUGGGCGAGGUCGUGAUGAUUCAUGGUGACACAAAGACGAAGUCAAUCUUGUGUGAGGGGAGAAUAUUAGUUAUAUGUUCUGCAGAGCAUAAGAUUGUUAAACAAGUCUCACUGAAGGUGGAAGAACAGAUUGAGUCGGCAACGGAAUCAGAGUAUUCAUCCGAGCAAAACGAGGAAGAUCAAGAUUUCGAUAAUGCAAAGAUUUGUGUAGAAGAUGACAUGAGCAUGGAUGAGGAACAUUCAAUGCAUGACAGUCUUCUGAAUUCAUAUUUUAAAAGUUCAGAGGAAGGAAAGGUGAGCUGGCAUGCAGAAGAAAAGGACGCGGACAUAGAAGAUGGUGCAAGUGGGCCGUCCAAGACAAAUGGGCCGUUGGAGGGUAAGGAAAUUGGACUAAGGAGCAAGAGUGGGCUUAGAGGGGACUUUAGACAAGAAGAGAUAAAGAGAAGAGGAAGUGCAGUCCCGAUUGCUGGAAUUGGAGAUGAGGGAGGCUGUAGGGGAGUGACAGGGGAAGUGGGAGGCUUGGGUAGUGUAUUGAAGAGAAAGGAAGUGGGUAAACUAGUGAGAAUAGAACAACCAAAUUUCCUAUUUUUGCAAGAGACUAAGCUAGAAACAGGGGAUGAUGAUUUAUGCAGAAUGAUGUGGAAUUCAAAUGAGAUUGAUUGGGUGAUGAAGGAAUCGAUAGGAGCUUCGGGUGGCUUGUUAUGGGAGUGGGGACUAGAUAAAGUGAAAUGUAAUUUAGUGAAUGUGUAUGGCCCAAAUGAUAGACAGAAAAGGUUAAAGCUGUGGGAUGAGUUAGAGCACAUGAUCAUAGAAGAAGGAGGGAGAUGGUUGAUAGCGGGAGACUUUAAUGCCGUUAGAUGUCUUGAAGAAAGAAGGGGAAGAACUGGAGAGAGCACAGAUAUGAAGAAAUUUGAUGAAUUUAUCCUGGUAGCAGGUUUAGUUGAUAUUAAAAUGGUCAAUAGGCACUUUACAUGGUAUAGGCCAGAUGGUACAGCCAUGAGCAGACUUGAUAGAUUUUUGAUGAAUGCAGAGAUGUGCAGUAUGGGUGGAAAUUGGGUGCAACAGGGCUUGAAACGUAAUAUCUCUAAUCAUUGUGCAAUUGUAUUGAAUUCAAGAACAACUGAUUGGGGACCAAAGCCAUUUAGAGUUUUGGAUGCAUGGCAGCCUCAUCCAGAUUUCAAGAAGGUAAUUGAAGAAAAGUGGAGCGAAAUGGAAGUUGAUGGAUUCGCAGGAUAUAAAUGUAAACAGAAGUUAAAAGGGCUAAAAGCAUUUUUAAAGGGUUGGAAUAAGGAGGUGUUUGGAAAUAUGGAAGCUCAGUAUGAACAAGCUGCAAAACAGGUAGAGCAAAUUGAUAUGAAGAAUGAGGAGAUUGAUCUGGAUGAAUUAGAGAUUACUCAAAGACAGGAAGGUUUUCAGAAAAUGUGGGAUAUCAUGAGGAGGAGAGAAGUGAUAUGGAAACAGAAAUUAAGAAGCAACUGGGUGCGUGUGGGAGAUGCAAACACGCGAUUCUUUCAUAGAGUAGCAAAUGGUAGAAAGGCCCAAAAUCAUAUCACAGGCUUAUUGCGUGAUGGUUGUUGGGUGGAAGAACCAGAACAGGUCAAGAAGGAGGUGUAUAAUUAUUUCAGCAAGUUAUUUCAAGGAGACACAUGGAAUAGACCAAAGCUUUGCGAGGUUAGCUUCAAACAGAUUUCUACAGAGGAAAAACAAUGGCUUGAACGACCAUUCUCCAUUGAAGAAAUUGAGGAAGGGUUACAAAGCUGUGAAGGAUCUAAAGCUCCGAGACUGGACGGGUACAAUUUUAAUUUUCUUAAAUUUGCUUGGGAUAGUUUAAAGGAAGAUUUUACGAGUUUCUUUGCAGAGUUUCACAAGAAUGGUAGAUUAGUUAGUGGGUUGAAUUCAUCUUUCUUAGCUCUAAUUCCUAAGAAGUUUAAUUCUAUAGAAUUAAAGGAUUAUAGACCCAUUAGCUUGAUCGGGUGUGUUUACAAAUUGUUAACAAAAGUGUUGGCCAAUAGAAUUAAAGCCGUGAUGCCGGGGAUUACCAGUGAAACUCAAUCUGCUUUCUUGAGAGGACGUCAAUUAGUUGAUGGAGUACUAGUGUUGAAUGAGGUUGUGGAGGAAGUUAAGAGAAGGAAGCAAUCAGCUUUUGUUUUCAAGGCUGAUUUUGCGAAGGCAUAUGAUUGUGUGGAUUGGUCAUUUUUGGAUUGGAUGAUGGAUUGCUUGGGUUUUGGAAUCAAAUGGAGAGGUUGGAUUAUGGAAUGCUUGUCGACUUCUAAGAUUUUAGUUCUAGUUAAUGGAAGCCUGACGGAGGAGUUCAAGGUUGGAAAGGGAUUACGACAAGGGGACCCUUUAUCCCCAUUCUUAUUCUUGAUGAUUGGAGAGGGAUUAAAUGGAUUGGUUCAGAAAGUAGUGUCGGAGGGUAUGUUUCGAGGUAUAGAGAUUGGCAGGAAGGGGUUAGCAGUUUCUUUACUUCAAUUCGCGGAUGACACAGUCAUUAUGGGAAAGGCUGACAUAGAGAAUAUAAUCAUGGUUAAAACAAUUCUGCGAUGGUUUGAACUGAUGUCUGGUCUACAAAUUAAUUUCAGUAAGAGCAACAUUUAUGGAUAUAAUGUUCCAACGAGUUGGCUUGAAGGAUCAGCAAGUAUGUUGCGAUGUGGAGCCAGAAAAUCACCUUUUAUUUAUCUGGGAAUGCCUGUUGAUGGAAAACCAGGGAAUAGGAAACUAUGGGAACCAAUGAUAAAAAAAUUUCGUGCUAAACUUGCUGUCUGGAAAGCUGCUUCGCUGUCCUUCAGUGGCCGCCUCACUUUACUUAACUCGAGUAUGUUGGUAGAGGGGUUUCGAUGGGAAGUGGGUGAAGGAAAUCGAGUGGGCUUUUGGAGAGAGUGGUGGAUAGGGGGGAAAAUUUUAAGGGAUCUAUACCCAAGGUUAUACGCACUGUCUAUGAAUAAGGAGGCUAAUAUUUGUGAAAUGGGGGUAUGGGAAGGGGAUAAAUGGAGUUGGAAACUGGAAUGGAGGAAGGGGAGAAUAGGACGAGAGAAGGAUGAGGAGGAGGUGUUGUGGGAUAAGUUGGGUAAUUUGCAAUUAAAGAAGGGUGUUGAAGAUCGUUGGAGGUGGCUACAUGAUUCAGAUGGUAGUUAUAUGGUGAAGAAGGCUUAUGAAUUUUUGGCCCCUUCGGAGGGUAUCUUAGAGGAACAGUUGUGUAAGGUUAUUUGGUGCAGAUUAGUACCAUCCAAAGUGUCUUUCUUUGGAUGGCGUUUAUAUCUUGAUAAGCUUCCAACUAAGUGGAACAUUAGAAAGCGAGGGGUGCAUUUACAGGAAGAGGAAUUAAUGUGUGUUUUGUGCCAUAACAUGAUUGAGGAGGCUAACCAUUUAUUUAGUAUGUGUAAGGAAGCAUGGAUUUUGUGGACAGAGGUGUUGCAGUUGUGGAACAUGAAGACGGUAAUGCCAAAUAUCGUACAAGGAGUGGCAGACAUUUUUGUAUACGAUUUGGGUAGGGUAGUAGGGAAGGAGAUGGGUGCUUGUAUCUUUCUCGUUGUAUCAUGGUAUUUAUGGUAUUGGAGAAAUGGUAAGGUAUUUGAUAAUGAAGCUAUUAUGAAAGGAAGAUUACUAGAUAUGAUUUAAGCCAAAUCAUUUUUAUGGAUCAAGAAUAAGGUAAAUGGUUGUGCCUUUUCAUUUAAUGAGUGGAAGGUUAACCCUAUAGCGUGUGCUUUGUCAAUGAAAAGCCACAAACAAGCAAUGAAAUUGUUUCUUAAAC